AUGUUGCUCUGCUCUUCAGAUGCCAGUCGUUUCGCUCGCUCUGUGACAGGCACAACAACAUCAACACUGUACCGAGCACGUCGACGCGCAUUUGUGGCCGACGACUCAGAUGAUGAUAGCCAAGAUGUCUCCCCAAUUCCCGCUGCCUCUGCUGUGUCGGUCCUCUCAAGUAACGACGAACAAGACACUUUCAGAGUGCAUCACUGCAACUCUUCAUCCACCAUUCCAGCCAAGUCAUCAGCACAAGAAAGAAACCAGUGGCUGCUUGUCAGCCUUCACGACGAGAGCUGCUUCGACUGUCAUCUGAUGAAUCGCGAUGUCUGGAAAGAUCCCCGUGUUUAUCAGACGGUGAAGAAAAGUUUCACUUUUCUUCAGAUUCCUGUCGACAGUCCAGAGGGCUUUCGAUUUCGCAGCCGAUACUCCUACGUCACGUCUGCAUCUCAUAUUGCUGUACUGGAUCCAACCACGGGCGAACAAAAAGUGAUGUGGAUGCACCUAAAAGACCCGAAUACUGUAAACGAAGUGUUGACUGAAUUCCUACGGCACAACAAAACCCCAAUUCCAUCUGGUUCAUCAGUAUCGGGGAUCCGUAGACCUGCGGAAACGGAUGCCGAUCCUUGCAUCACAACCUUGUAUCCCCUCAAGCGACCACGCACGGAACAGUCUGUUGGCGAUAAUUCUGGUCUGUUGUCGCGCGUAGCUGCUGUAUCUAUUGACGACAAAGGCAGCAAUUCUUCCGCGAGCUCCCAACCCAGCUGUUCGCGAUCCAGUCCUCUGAGCCGGAGAGAUGCCACGAACAACCCACUCGAUUUGACUGAGGAAGAACAACUUCAGUUGGCUAUUGAAGCGUCCAAGAUGGAAACAACUGUCUCUUCUCGUUUGCCCAGUUCGAAAUCCCGGAGGAAAUGCUCAGACAUGGACAGGAGUGCUCCAUGGGCUGCUUCCGGCGCAGAUGAUGAGCUGAUUGUCCUCACGGAUGACGAAACCGACUCGUCAGUAGACGAGGAUGGCCGUGAUCCCGAAUGUUUUAUAUAUGACCCCGACACAUCCCGGACAGCUUCUAUGUCGACCACUGCGAUGAUAAGUGGAAGGCGUCCUCUUCAUCCUACCACUGGAAGUUGUCCCGUCCCCAGCACUGUCAGCAUGUCGACAGCCUCUCUUGCACCAAAGCCUUCGACCUCCCACCCACCUCUGCCGGUUCCAGGACUGAAUGAGGAUGUCAUGGAGCUGGUUGUAAGGUUACCCUCUGGAGAACGAGAGGUCCUCCGGUUAUCUCCCAAUUUGCAGCUUCAAGCUCUCCGAGGACAUUUCAACUCACGUGGUUUCCCUCCAUCCCGAUACGAAUUCGUCCGACUCUACCCACGCACCAGUCUUUCCACCUUACCCGACACAACUCGACUUGGCGAAGCCGGUCUUUCCAAAAAGGACACAGUGUUCUUACAAGAAAUAUAGAUAAGCACGUGCAAUUUCUUCACUAUAAUGCAACUGUUCCGUCCCGGAUGGUUUUGCCAGUGCUAAAACUAUUCCUGACGGGUGAUUCCAAUUAUGCCAGGUAUUUGUGCCAUGCAUGAUGAUAUUAUCCAUCCUCCGGAUUGUACAGAUUUAGUCCUCACCCUCCUCAAGAUCUCCCUUGUUGGUGAUCUGGAUAUUUCCACGUCUCGGCUUUGUUUUCCUCUCACCUAGGAUUGAGUGAUCUGUCCCGCUCAUCUAUCUUCAGACACCCUAUACACCCACUUCAGUUGGCCAAUAAAAUGUGACUUGUGAAGACUCUGACUUCUCUGUUACUACCUUGAUAACUGUUUUUUUCUGUCCCGGUUGCAUACUUUGUUUUUUCAGCUCGCUGUCCCCGCCGGUUUUGACUAGCAUCUGAGAUGUCCGUUCCAAGCAUCUUAAUUUUGAGAUAUCUUUAUGGUUCGAUCGAUGUUUUGUGAUUCUCCCUGGGAACUACUCUGUUUACUACGAAGAGUGUGGUCCUGUAGCUAGGGGAGGGUAUUGGUAACUUAUGCUUAGUUAAUGAUCGA